ACGGGUUCACUGCUUUACAGUAUACUCCACAGGACCACAGUAGAGCGGAAAAUACUAUCAAUCCUCAUUUUGUUGCCGUCGCCUUUUUUAAUCGCCGAUUAAUAUGCGAUUUCUUUCCCCGCCGGCGAGAUUCCCGAUCAGUUGAUUGGACUUUCCUAGAUUUGCAUGCUAUUCUCACAUCUGUGUUCGGGAAGCUUUUUAUCCAUUGAACCACGAUCGGAAUUUCUGACCAGUAGCAGACAUUCUUAUGAAGAAAGUUCGAAUAAGUUUGUUCUGGGAAAAAAAGAGAGACGAAGAGGAAGACGCUACCGUUUCUUCAUUACCGACCACCGCAACUUGUUAGCACAUCAGCAAGAAACAAAGAUAGAUCUGCAUUUCCUAUAAUCAACAUUUUGUACUCUCAUGGAGAAUGCGCUGGCUAGUGGGCUUCGUUUUCGAAGGAUUCCUCGGCAAUCCAUUUCUAAUUGCUUUCAGAUGGACCCAUUGCUUGAGGAAAACUUGGAGCAGUGGCCACAUCUAAAUGAGCUUGUCCAGAGCUAUGGGGCUGACUGGGUUAAAGAUGAGUCUAAGUAUGGGCAUUACGAAAGCGUUGGCCCUGUCACAUUUGACAAUCAGAUAUUUGAGGGGCCGGAUACUGAUAUGGAAAGGGAAAUUGAGCUGGCAAAUGCCAAAAGGUCUAAGGUACAAGAUUCGACUGAAGAAGAAAUUGCUAGUACAUCUGGGAGUCAUUAUUCACGAUCGAAUGUUUACGAUUCAUCGAAAUCGGAGAUUUCAAAGAACUUUCAUUUUGGAGAAUCUCCCCUGCCAGCUUACGAACCUGUUUUCGAUUGGGAUAAUGAGAGAUCGACGAUAUUUGGUCAUAGAAUUCCUGCUGCUAACAUAUUUCAAUAUACCAGUGGGCUGAGGAUUGCAGUAAAGGUGUUAUCCUUGUCAUUUCAAGCCGGGCUUGUCGGUGAGUUUGAACUUUCCUUAAAAAAUUGCAUUACUGCUGACAUCCUAUUUCAUUUCUGUUUCUUUUUCAUCUUGGGCCGUUUGAGCCUCAAGCUACUUCGGAAGCUGAAAUACAGAAGUUUUCUUGUAGAGCCAUUUUAUGGCACAAUUUGUUUAUAUAAUAGGGAGAGAAAGGAAAAGCUUUCGGAAGAUUUCAUUUUCCACAUGUUACCCGCUGACAUGCCAGAUUCAAGCAAUUCUGUUGAGACACGUGGGAUUUUCCGGGUUGAUGUGCCAUCAGCAUCAGUGUGUCUUCUUAUUCAGUUAGAAAAGCCUGCAACUGAAGAAGGAGGAGUGACUUCAUCCGUUUAUUCAAGGAAAGAACCAGCUCAUCUCACUGAGAGGGAGAAACAAAAGCUGCAAGUCUGGUCUCGAAUCAUGUCUUACAGAGAGCCAUUUGCUUGGGCAAUUAUCCCGCUUUUUGAUGGUGGUAUUACUUCUGCAUCUGGAGAGUUUGCAUCCCCCAGCAGCCCACUUAUUACUAGUAUUUCAAGUUCAACUCAAGAAGGUGCUGCUGAACCAGCUGCAAAGAUUACAACAGAUGGGACACUUGGCUAUUCUGGUGGAAACUCUGUUGUAGUUGAAGUUUCAAAUCUAAGCAAAGUUAAAGAAGGCUAUACUGAGGAGUCACUUUUGGAUCCUAAGCGAAAGAUUCACAAACCAGUGAAGGGUAUCUUAAGAUUGGAGAUUGAAAAGUUGCAAUCUGGUCUAGUUGAUUCAGAAAAGUACUUUGAGAACGGAAGUACAAACAAUGAUUUGAUGGGUCAUCCGAAUGUGCCUGACACUGCCUUUGAAAAAUGUCCCAGCUACAGAACUGAUGGAUGGCAGAACACGGAUUUCGGUCCACAUUCCUCUGAUAAAAUAGAGCUGAAUCGGAAUGGAUCAACGGCCCAUGGAUUGGUAGAUCGCAGUGCUAGUGAUAUUCAGGCCUUUGAUUUUCGGAUAACUUCAAGGAAUGAGCCUUUCUUGCAGCUUUUCCACUGCCUUUAUGUUUAUCCUUUGAGUGUUAGCAUGAGUAGAAAAAAAAAUUUGUUUAUACGAGUUGAACUGAGAAAGGAUGAUGGAGAUAUUCGCAAAACCCCAUUAGAGGCAAUGCAUCCAAGAGAACCCGGCUCUGAACGUCAGAAAUGGGCUUGUACUCAAGUUGCAGUUGGAGCUAGAGUUGCCUAUUACCAUGAUGAAAUUAAAGUUUCGUUGCCUGCCAUUUGGACCCCUAUGCAUCACCUUUUAUUCACUUUCUAUCAUGUUGACCUCCAAACUAAAAUGGAAGCUCCGAAGCCGGUGGUUGUGGGAUAUGCUGCACUUCCUUUAUCCACUCAUGCCCAGCUGAAAUCAGAGAUCACAUUGCCCCUAAUGAAAGAGUUAGUACCUCACUAUCUUCAAGAUAGCAGGGAGAAGGUGGAGUACUUGGAGGAUGGCAAAAAUGUGUUUAAACUCCGGCUGCGUUUAUGCUCAUCACUGUACCCAAUAAGUGAGCGGAUUAGAGACUUCUUCCUUGAAUAUGAUCGGCACAUUCUUCGGACAAGUCCACCUUGGGGAUCUGAGCUUCUUGAGGCAAUCAACAGUCUGAAGAAUGUUGAUUCGACAGCUUUGCUUCAGUUCCUUCAGCCUAUCUUAAACAUGCUUCUCCACCUAAUAGGCAAUGGUGGAGAGACUUUACAGGUUGCAGCUUUCAGAGCCAUGGUUAAUAUUUUAACACGUGUUUUGUUCCACAGGGUGCAGCAAGAGUCAGUUGAUGAUGGUGAAAGAAAUAUUUUCCUGGUGAACUAUGUUGACUUUGCUUUUGAUGAUUUUGGGGGCCGUCUGCCACCAGUGUACCCUGGUUUAUCCACAGUUUGGGGAAGUUUGGCUCGCAGCAAGGCCAAAGGUUACCGUGUUGGGCCUGUUUAUGAUGAUGUAUUGGCUAUGGCGUGGUUUUUCCUUGAACUCAUUGUCAAAUCCAUGGCUUUGGAGCAGACUCGGUUGUUGUAUCACAACCUUCCAUCUGGGGAAGAUGUUCCUCCAAUGCAGUUGAAGGAUGGCGUCUUUAGGUGUAUAAUGCAAUUGUAUGAUUGCCUGUUAACAGAAGUGCACGAGCGUUGCAAAAAGGGUCUAGGUCUGGCCAAGUAUCUAAAUAGUAGUUUGGCCUUCUUUUGUUAUGAUCUUCUGUCUACAGUUGAGCCUCGCCAAGUCUUUGAACUGGUGUCUUUGUACCUUGACAAGUUCUCGGGGGUGUGUCAACCAGUGCUGCAUGAUUGCAAGCUUACAUUUUUGCAGAUUUUAUGUGAUCAUGAUCUAUUUGUAGAAAUGCCUGGGAGAGACCCUUCUGAUAGAAAUUAUCUUUCAUCUAUUCUUAUACAAGAGAUUUUCCUCACGUGGGACCAUGAGGAUUUAUCUAUGCGGGCCAAGGCAGCUAGAGUUUUGGUGGUUCUAUUGUCCAAGCAUGAGUUUGAUGUUCGUUAUCAGAAGCUGGAAGAUAAACUUUAUAUAGCUCAAUUAUAUUUUCCUCUCGUGGGUCAGAUACUAGAUGAAAUGCCUGUCUUCUAUAACUUGAGUUCAAGUGAAAAGCGUGAGAUAAUGGACGAGAGAGAUAGCAUUGGCCACCCUGGUUUAGGUAAAGCUCAAUUCAUAAGAGCGAUGCAAGUGUCUUUUGCCUUCCUUCUAGAUGGUUUGUAUUUGCACUUUGUCAGCCACUGGGAGCAUUCAUGGUUUCCUUCACUUGAAAUCCAUAGAGAACAUGAAAAUAGCUUGUGCCUCAGCGGUGUUCUGUAUAGUAUGUGGUUUACAUAUAACAACUCUUCUUCUGCUGGACUGUGUAUCUAUUCGUAUUCUAAUGGCAAUUGGAAUGUUGAACAGCACGGAAAACCUGAUGACAGUGUGCUUAUGGGCAGUAGUUCGCGAAGUCCUUUAGGAGAUAAGCCCUUUAUCUCCAAGUAUUCCGAUAGACUUUCCCCUGCAAUUAAUCAUUAUCUUAUGGAGGCCGCGCGCCAAGAAGUUGGAGGAACACCUGAGAAUGGAUAUCUAUGGCAAAGAGUCAACUCGCAGCUAAGCUCUCCCAGUCAGCCAUAUUCGUUGAGGGAGGCUCUUGCUCAGGCCCAAUCUUCGAGAAUUGGAGCUUCAACCCAAGCAUUAAGGGAAUCUUUGCACCCAUUAUUGAGGCAAAAAUUGGAACUCUGGGAAGAAAACCUGAGUGCUGCUAUCAGUCUUCAAGUUUUGGAAAUAAUUGAGAAAUUCUCCGCUGCUGUAGCAUCCCACACUAUAGCCACUGAUUAUGGAAAACUCGAUUGCAUUACCUCUAUAUUUAUGAUAGUCUUCUCACACAGCCAACCUCUGGCUUUCUGGAAAGCUCUCUUGCCCGUGUUUAAUACCAUCUUUGAGCGCCAUGGAGCAACACUAAUGGCAAGGGAAAAUGAUCGUUUUCUAAAGCAGAUUGCUUUCCAUCUUCUCCGGCUUGCAGUUUUCAGAAACGAGAAUAUUCGGAAGAGGGCUGUUAUUGGGCUUCAGAUACUUGUUCGGAGUUGCUUCUCUUACUUUAAGCAGACAGCAAGAUUGAGGGUCGUCCUGACUAUUACACUGUCAGAGUUGAUGUCAGAAGUGCAAGUUACACAUAUGAAACCCGAUGGAAAUCUGGAAGAAAGCAGUGAAGCACGUCGUCUGCGUAAAUCUUUGGAGGAAAUGAUGGAUGAAUCUAAGAGCCUAAAUGCUCUCAGAGAGUGUGAUCUUUUGGAAACGGGAUCUUUCCCGUGGUCAGAAAUCAAAGACCUCUCUGAUAGUCUCAUUUUGGCUCUUGAUGCCAGUCUGGAACACGCGCUUCUGGCCUCUGUCAUGACGCUAGACAGAUAUGCCGCUGCCGAGAGCUUUUACAAACUUGCGAUGGCGUUUGCUCCAGUUCCGGAUCUUCACAUAAUGUGGCUACUGCACCUAUGUGAUGCGCAUCAGGAGAUGCAGUCAUGGGCUGAAGCAGCACAGUGUGCUGUUGCUGUUGCUGGUGUGGUGAUGCAGCUAUUUAAAACUCCACAGGCACUUGUUACCAGGAAUGACGGUGUAUGGAGCUGUGAACAUGUAAACGCACUGCGUAAAAUAUGCCCUUUGGUCAGUGGCGAAAUCACAUCCGAGGCCUCUGCAGCCGAGGUAGAAGGAUACGGCGCAUCGAAACUAACAGUCGACUCCGCCGUUAAGUACCUUCAGCUCGCGAAUAAGCUUUUCUCUCAAGCCGAGCUCCACCAUUUCUGUAGCAGCAUCCUCGAACUCAUAAUCCCAGUUUACAAAAGCAGAAGGGCAUAUGGUCAGCUAGCCAAGUGCCACACUAUGCUUACCAAUAUAUACGAGUCGAUUCUUGAGCAGGAAUCGAGCCCCAUCCCUUUUGCUGACGCAACAUAUUAUCGAGUCGGAUUCUAUGGCGAGAAAUUCGGGAAGCUCGAUCGAAAGGAGUAUAUAUACCGAGAGGCUCGUGACGUGAGGUUGGGGGAUAUAAUGGAGAAACUCAGUCACAUAUACGAGUCGAGAUUGGCGAACGGCGCUACAACACUGCACGUCAUUCCCGACUCAAGACAGGUGAAAGCAGACGAGCUGCAGCCGGAGGUUUGCUACCUGCAGAUAACAGCAGUGGACCCUGUAAUGGAAGACGAGGACUUGGGAAGUAGAAGAGAGAGAAUAUUUUCUCUCUCAACCGGAAGACGGGUUUUCGACCGAUUCUUGUUCGACACUCCUUUCACAAAGAAUGGGAAGACUCAGGGUGGACUGGAGGACCAAUGGAAGAGGCGUACAGUGGUACAGACUGAAGGCUCCUUCCCGGCCCUCGUGAACCGGCUCCAGGUGAUUAAAUCCGAGUCGCUUGAGUUCUCACCUGUGGAGAAUGCGAUUGGGAUGAUUGAAACUCGAACAGCAGCACUGAGGAAUGAACUCGAAGAACCUAGGAGCAGCUCGGAAGGAGAUCAGCUACCACGUCUGCAGAGUCUGCAGAGGAUACUUCAAGGCUCUGUGGCCGUCCAAGUGAACAGUGGGGUCCUCAGUGUUUGUACAGCGUUCCUUUCUGGUGAACCUGCAACGAGGUUGCGAUCGCAGGAGUUACAACAGCUGAUUGCGGCACUUCUUGAAUUUAUGGCAGUUUGUAAGCGUGCAAUCCGAGUCCACUUUCGGUUGAUUGGGGAGGAAGAUCAGGAAUUUCAUACGCAGUUAGUUAACGGGUUCCAGUCGCUAACUGCAGAGUUGUCUCAUUACAUCCCUGCCAUUCUCUCAGAACUUUGACAUGGAGAUCAUUUUUUUCUCCUUUUGUUUUUCUUCUAUUAGUUAUCCUUGUGUUGUAUUGUAUUUAGGAGGGGCUACAGGGUUGAUUGGUUUGUUUGACUGGUUUUUAAUGUUUGUAAUUCUCUUUUGUGUUGACUUGGGUCAGAAUGCAUUUGCUUGUCCGCUAGACUUCUUUCCAAUCCGCUCGACCCAAAUUAUAUGACAACUCGUGCUUUUUUGGUACUCUUAUCUUUGCGUGAUACUUGAAAGAAAUCUUAUUCGGUCCAUGUGUCGUGUGUAUGUUAUGCAGAUGUUAU